AUUUACCAAGUUAUUUUCAUGUCUUCGCUCUCAUUACAUUAAAAUAAAUCAUAAACACUAUACUUAUAUUAUACUUUACAAUAUAAACACUUUUACUAGCUUAAGUAAGAGGUCAACUUUUAAUAAUAAAGAGUAAACUAUGUCAGAAUACGAAGAACCAGCGGCGAAAAUGUCGAAAAUAGAGACGAUACCGAAAGAACAUGAAGAUGAACUGGAUGAGGGUCAUGAAGAAUGGCUAAGUGAAGGAAUACUCACAGAUGACGAUUAUAAUCCUGCUAACGAACAAGACUCCAUACCCAACACAAGCCAAGAAGACACCUUAGCCAGUGUAACAGACAUGGCUGAAAUAAGUCACCUGAAUGAGAAGUCGCAAGAUAUGGACAUAAAGUCUGAAAAUGUGGAAAAGGAACUUGAUAAUAUGGGGAGCUCAAAUCAGACGGAGUUUCCUGGGGAGUUGGGGGCGUUUCUCAUAAGGAAGACAGAUGUUAAAGCCGUUGAAUCGAAGAAGGAGGAGAGUGAACUCGACGAGUCGAUGAAACAUUCGGACGACGAUGGUCACGAUACUGAUGAGUUACUGCGGAUGCUCGGUGAAGAUGACAGUAAGAAGGAGAUGAAGAAGGUUGAUCAGAAGCGAACCCAGGAGUCUCAAUCCAGUGAUGACGACGACGAAUAUAUAUUUGAAGGAGCUAAAGUAGCAAGGUUGAAAGUAGCGAAGAAUGCAAUAAUGAAAAAGUAUCCGACUAAGGCUGUACCGGAGGAGAUGAGUGACAAAGAAGGGGAUAGUGAUAUUUCGUCCGACGAGGGUCUGACAGUGAAACGUAUGUUCGGUGUGCCGAGGCGGGGGAAUGUGGCUGCCAAGAGUACCGCCAGGCCCGACAUAAACGCUGUGAAGACCGUCACCAACAAAAUGGUCAGCCUGCACCGGUCUAGUGAUAAGUCCAAAGUAACAUCGACGCCGAUAUCGAAGACUACGUCGGCUCUGAAGUCGCAGUCCAAGAUCCAGAGACCGGAGCCGGAGGAAAUCAUUGAUGAAGAGGAGUUCCUGGAAGAUGACCAGUUCGAUCUGGACGAGGACCUGGGCUCGUCGAUGGAGGGGGAGGACGACGGGGCGGGGGGGCAGCGCCUCAUGCGGCCCGAGCGCAUGGACGAGGACGCGCCCAGCGACCCCGACUCGCAGUCCGACGACGACAGCCUCUACGACGAGCUGCCAUCGUCAGACUCGGACGACUUGAACGAGUGGUUCACGCUCGACGUGCGCUCCGAACGCGCCGGUGACUACAUCCCGCUGUUGGGUGCUAAAGCGCACCAGCUGCUGCUGGCGGAGAAGCAGCGCGUGUCGAGCCGGCUGUCGACGCUGAAGCAGAGCAUGUCCACGCUGGCCGACAGCAGCGCGCAGCAGGCCGACCUGCUGCGGCGCGCCACGCUGCAGCUCGCGGAGCUGGACGCCGCGCUCAAGGCGUAGGGGCCGAAGUGACUACAAGUGAAGUGAAGUGAAGUGAAGUGUCAUUAUCAACGGUUAAUUUGGUGUACAUCGUUUUGGAACAUCUGCAUCUUAGCUGAUGAUUGUGAAUUCAAACCCGGUUGCACCACUGAAUUUUUAUGUGGGGAAUUUGUGUUUAUAAUUCAUACAUUGAGAGCAUCGUGAGGAAAGCUUCAUGUGUAAAAGGAAAUCCGUCACAUGAGCAUCGUUUCGUUCGUUGUAAGGCUUUAGCCCAGCAGUGGGAUAAUUACAGGCUCUUAGUUUUUACUUUACUUUGAUGAUAUUUGACCAAUGUUUGUGAGGCUGAAUGAAUAAAGGUUAAAGACCUUGAUAGUAUGACAUAUACAGGCUGCUGUUUUGUUUUAUAUACAAAGGACUUCGCCUGCAUAGAGUUCGGUUUUUGACUAUAAGAGUACAUACAUAAGGGCACGCGGAUUAAACAGCUCGAUAACGCCGUUUCUUGCUUCUGAAAUACAAUUAUUUCAGGCUGAAAUCCUAACAUUACUGAAAUUAAAUAUAGCCCGAGUUAUUCCUCGUUAAAUUAACUUUCCAAUCGUAAAAUAAUUAUCAAAAUCGGUUCAGUAGUUUCAGAGUUAAUCGAUAACAAACAAACCUUUCCGCUUUGUAAUAUUAAAUGUCGAUGAAAGAUAUCACUGCCUGGAAGUGCGUUAUAUAUGUAUCGUGAUUCAAUUAAAAUAGGUUUAAAGAUUAUUUAUUCCCAUAAAGACAAUUACAUCACUUACACGAGAACACAAUUGAAGAAAUAAAUACAAACAAUUAACAGACAUUCGUUGUCGUACUUACAUUUUUCAAUGGAGAAAAUAACACACAAAUCAUCAAACACGAUUUGAAAACCAAUCUUAUUCCAUUCUACAUACUCGGACAGAUAUUUUUUUAAUAAUAUAAUGAGACAGUCGCUUAUUGAAUAUAUCGAACGAGUCAAUAUUUUUAAUGUCUGAGGGUAAAAUUACAUAUAAAUAUUAAUGCUACUGGUGGUAGGGCUUUGUGCAAGCCCGUCUGGGUAGGUCCCACCCACUCCUCAGAUAUUCUACCGCAAAACAGCAAUACUUGAUAUUGUUGUGUUCCGGUUUGAAGGGUGAGUGAGCCAGUGUAAUUACAGGCACAAGGGACAUAACAUCUUAGUUCCCAAGGUUGGUGGCGCAUUGGCUAUGUAAGCGAUGGUUGACAUUUCUUACAAUGCCAAUGUCUAAGGGCGUUUGGUGACCACUUACCAUCAGGUGGCCCAUACGCUCGUCCACCUUCCUAUUCUACAAAAAAAAAAUAAUAAUACAUAGGUAUAUAAACAUUUUUAUAUUAUAGAAGACAUGUUUUCCACCAAUGAUAUCGCUUCAUUUUAAGGUCACGAUUGUUUAUAUAUCUGAACUCUUGUGGUUUUGUGGUUUGCUUCUGGCUUAGUACUAAAUACUCGAUUUUCGCAUCGCAUUAUAUCGGUUGUCGUUCAUUCCUUGUAUAACCGAUUAUAGUAUAUAAACUGGUGACAUAAAUAUAUAUAUAUAUAUAUAUAUAUAUACUAUUAUAUAAAACUGAAAUGUUUUUAUACUUUGUUAUAUGAAUCGUAAAGAAUUAUAUGUAUAAUAUUAGUUUAUAGUGAAAACAACCGGUAAGUAACUUGUUAUUAUAUUAAUAAGCACUUAUUAUUAGCCGAGGUGGCCCAGUGGUAAGAACGGGUGAAUCUUAACCGAUGGUCGUCGGUUCAAACCCGGGCAAGCAGUAAUGAUACUGAUAAUGAUACAGUACGUACUUGAGGCCUUGGACCGGUUGCAGCGACGUGCCGUACGCAUUAUUGGCGACGUAAAGGUCACAAACACCCUUGAACCUUUACAAUUGCGUCGCGAGAUAGCAGCACUGAGCGCUUUCUAUCGUCUGUAUCACGGCGAGUGCUCUGAGGAAUUAUUCUCUCUAAUUCCUGCUUCCCCCUUCCUUCUUAAGUCCACGCGAGCUGGUUCUCGAUGUCACCGCGUAACUGUGACAUCAAUUCCAUCGCGAACAAAUAAAUUUGGCAACUCCUUUCUUUGUCGCACUUCCAAAAAAUGGAAUUCCUUACCAGCUCACGUGUUCCCCUCCUCUUACAACCCGGGUUCCUUCAAACGAGGCGUGAAGAGGCAUCUUGCGCGGCGAAGGCGGCUAGUGCAGAACGUUUUUCCCGUCUGUACUGGCCGUCGUCGCGUUUGGACUCUACUACCACUUACCAUCAGGUGGAGUAGUCAUUUGCCCUCCCGGCGAAUAUAUAUAUAAAAAAAAAGAAAGAAUUUUCAUGUGCUAAAUUUGUGUUUAUUUUUCAUCUCGUGCUUGACGGUGAAGGAAAACAUCGCGAGGAAACCUGCAUUGUCUAAUUUCACUGAAAUUCUGCCACAUAUGUAUUCCACCAACCCGCAUUGGAGCAGCGUGGUGGUAUAAGCUCCAGACCUUUUUUAGCCCAGCAGUGGGACAUUCACAGGCUGUUACUGUUACUGUAUUAUUAUUAAGUAAAUAAGCUUCUCAUGUGUAUAUUGUUAAAAUAUAACUGUACAUAUUUAGUCAGUCAUUCAAGUAAAGCAAGAUAUUUAGUCUAGAUAUUAGAUAGCAUAUAAGGAAUGUUUAAUAUUAUAAAUAUCUCUUACAGCGCUAGUUUCUAUGAGUGACACUUGCCAAUCUGAUUGCCAUACUUUAAAAAAAAAAAAUUUUUUUUUUUAGUGUCGGCAAACGAGCUGAAUAAAUAAUUAUCUUAAGUAUUAUAAUAAAUAAUGUUACAUAUUUGUUCAAUAAUGAAGCUCCGUAAUCGAAUGGACGAUGUUCGUUUGAACUGUCAUAGAAUUUACGAUAAAAAUAUUACUAUCAUUUGUGUUCUACUAACGAACAAUAUCUCUAUGUUAACAUACAAUAAAUGUUAUAUGCUUUGGCGCCAAAUUAUACUUUAAUUAAAUAAGAAAACUAUAUUUUAAAUAUCAUGCGCUGUCACGGUUGUGUAGACUAGUAGUAUUCUCUCAACGGGCUGGACUUAUAAUUAUAAUGUCGCUACUACACUGUCACGCUGCAUAUAUGUAUACUGUAAUGCAUUAUACAGCCGUAACUUUAAAGUACAAUAGUGUGAAUGCAGCUUUAAAAUCGCUACGCUGUUAUGGAAUUCACAGAAUUAUUUUGUAUGGAAUUUGUUAUUUUUCUAAUUUAUGAAAAUUAUUUGUGUAAACUGUAAAUUUUAUUUUGCGGCACAAUA